CCAUCCGACACUCCCUUCAUCGGUCGCUCUAAUUUCCUCCACAUCACUAUCGCCGAAACGCUGGCCUUUUCGUUCGCCUACAACCCUCCUCCCUCGGGCACCAUCCCUUGUAGUGUACUUCUCCUUCACCGAUUCGAUCGGAGAAGCACUCCACUACGGCUGCAGUGAAGAAUACCCCGUCCACGACCGCCCACCAUGGCUCAGGUGAUCACUCCAGACCUGUAUACCAUGCGUGGUGAAAGUAUGGACUCGGCCAACUAUUCCGCCGUUCCCUCCCCGACCCAGCCAUGGACGUGGCAGCACACCUCCGCGAUACCGAGCCGGCGGCCGGCCUCGUCUUCCAUGCACAUCGACAUUCCUUCGUCUGCCGCCUCGUCCCACCGCAGAACCGCCUCAACUCUUCCGAGCUUCACGUUCAACGCCGCCGACACUUCAGGUCGACGGGACUCGGACGACAGCCCGCCACGUACUCCUGAAGACACUUUGACAACCUCACCCCCUCGUACCGGGCAUCGAAGGGGCGGGAGCGAGUUUGUGGGCGGCGACUCGAGACUGGGAUUGUCAAACGUGCUGAGCUCAAGCCCCACGAAAGCCUGUGAGCCGCAUGGUUUCACGGCCAACCCGUCAGUAGCAGCUCCUGGCCGGCGAGGACACGCUCAUCGUCGAUCAGCUGCCAUCUCGAAUCACGAUGUCGCAAAGCUCAUGCAGCCGCCCAGUGACGCUCAGCCGCGCUUGAGCAGCAGUCUCCCUACCACUCCGCUGGACGCCUACUCGGUUCCGCCGCAGCCAGAGCGCUCAUCGGUACCCGCAGGAGCUCUGUCUGACCCGUUCGGGCCGCCCUUGGACAGCGUGUCAACUCGACCACCAUCGCGGCUCCGCGUUGGGUUCUCGGACAAUGUCGAGUUUAUUCCACGACCCCUCUCCACCAUUUCGUCGGGAACCGAAAGCUCGCUAUCUACUGUCCGCGGGCACUCGGUCAACAACAGCAUCUCCUCUGUUCUCAGCCUCAGCACGCCAAGUCCGCCAUCCUCUCGCACAAUCAUGCAACCUCUGCGAGCAAAUCUAGCGGGUAGCCCAAAGGCCCCUGCUAAAGUCUCGUUCGACAGUAACAGACUUGUUGACAAAGAAGGUCAAUGGCUGAAGCGUCGGCCUACGAAUGUCCUCAACCGACCUGCGUCGGACUCGGGACUCGGUCAGCCCAAGACUACCAUCAGCAUUGCGCAGACUUCUGUGCCAUCACGGAAGCGGGCCUCGAGCCACGGUUUCGGGGUCAAUCGCAGACGAAGCGAGCCUACGAUCGGCCUCGCGGCGAGCAUACCCUCCCGGCUAUCAACGCUCUCUCUCCAAGAGCCGGGCUCGCCAGGGUACAGAGCUGUGGAAGCGCAAGAAUGCCGCGAAGUUGAGCGGAAGUCUUCGGCAAGGAAGAUCAGAGAUUGGGCAGCGUCGAAGAUAUCGAGGAAGACCAAGGAGAUGGGAAGGGCGCUGAUGUCGAGCCACAGUGCGAGUUCUCUACGCCCUGUAAGCGCGGAGAGUGGCACGAGCAAGUCGACCGACAUUUCUCCAUCGGAACCUCCUGUCGCAGAGACAGACUUGGACACCGUGUUCAGCCAACAGGACACCGUCGAGAUUGCGGAGCCCUUUGCAUCCUCGCACAUUGAGCCCUCGGCGUAUACUUGGGGCCCGAAUGGCGCCCGCCGAUCGUACGAUGAUCAAUCAGAAGCUGUCCUCGAUCUCGAUGCUGCUUUGGGCCCCUUCAAGACGCCCUCAAUCGCUUCUUACCGCCAACGCAGAGAGCUUCACAGCAGCCGCCUCACAAAAGACUUCAGCGGCCCAGGUGGGCACUACCAUCGCCGAGCCGAGAGCGCGCCCAAUCUUUCGCCCUUCGAGAUGCCUCGAACAGACAUCACUUCCCAGGCAGGCAUGGCGGAUGUCUUUGAGGAGGAAGAAGAAGAUCCUAGGACUGGUCUCUCAACCGCAAAAUUAUCAAUGAUGCGGUCGGUGGAUGGCAAAACCUCCGGCCCCUCCGUGCUGAACUCCGAUGCUGCGGCUACUGGCAUUCCCGCCCUACACGACGACGGCCUGGGCAUCCGAGGGAGUUUGGAGUCUGAUCGAGUAUUCGCGCUAGGGAGUAGCAGGUACGCCCCGCCUCAUCUGAUGACGGAUGGACGAGGGCUCUCGGUUGCCGAAGAAACCAUUCUGGAGGAGUCGCCUACUGGGUGCGAGGUCGAAAUUGUCGAUGCCGAGGAAGAGCCACGUGCUUCCUCUCUCACAAAGUCAUCCGACUCCAGCGACACGCCAACCGUGUUUGCUGCUCCCAUCGGCACGCUCACUCUACCGGACGGCCAACAGUCGCUCAUGACUCCCGAAAUGUACCAGACGUCAACCUUCUCCUCACCAGCGAUUGGACAUGGUCUGUUCGACCACAGCCGGCUGGACACCGCGGCUUCUUCCAUCAUGACGGACAACCGAACGCUGAGUUCCUGCACCACCGGGGAAUAUGGCCAAGAUCUGCGCAUCUCCGUCGACGUGCCCUCGCUCACCAGCAGCCGGUCGACCAUGAUCAGCCAAUGGCAUGGCAAUGGAUCACGACGUGAUUUGAGCGAUGCAGAGCCAGUAUCGUCCGGCAUUCCUCAAUCGCUCGAGCCGACUACGACCAAUGAUUCGAAACGAAAGCGCAGCUCGAUUCAGAGCCUGUCGCAACUCAUGGGAGGCACGUUUGGCACGAAGAAUCGACCUUUCGGCGAUGCACGCCCUCAGACUUCCACCACCUCUCUGGUGACCACUGCUUCGGGCACGAAGGAAAAUCGGUUGAAGAAGUUGAUGUUCUGGAAGUCUAAACAGCGACCUCAUCCAGUCCAACGACCUGCAUUGUCUUGAGGCUCACGACACUCGCUGUCGAGCAUCUUUCCCCACUCUCUCUUUUCCAUGACGUGUAUGCGUCACUGGCACACGGCUAUUCACCCGCUCCCGACAAGCAUGCUUUACCCACGCCUGCCCACUCACUCUUUCGGAAAGACUGACAACCUGUUACGGCCCGGACAGAACGGACUCGGAUCGAGUCAGGAAUGUGGUGAUCCGGGCGGAGGAUUCCCCUUAUAUGGACGCGGCGGGGUGACGAACGUGGAG